AUGUCAUCGGGUUUCGCCACCGAUUUAAUCCGCUCCACCACAUGCGUCGUCUCUGUUAAGCGGAGGCACACUUCACCUUUCGUGCUCGGCGGUCUAGAAGUUCCAUCGUGCUUUCAGAGUUUUAAACCAUGCGAGCAUCCCAUGGUUGUUGGUGCUGAGAAGUUCUCGCUUAAUUCUCCGCCAAUGGAUAAGCUGGAAUCUCGCCGGAGAGAUCUCAACGGCGAGGUCGACGCGAAUCUGAGUUUUAUCACAGAAUCUGCCGAUUUUGCUGGAAACGGUGAAGAAAGCAAAGUCGGCACUCCAUCCUUCAUCGACAACCAUUGGAGGGGUUCUCUGGUGGUUUCCAUUAGCAUUUCCAAUCGUCUACAGCCCCGCAAUUCAUCUCAGAACUCAGAUUUGCAGAUUCCAGACAAUCUGCGAUUUCAGCUCGAUUUGAAUCUGCUUCCGGCAUCGAAGAGGGUUUCUUUGGUGGAGUUUGCAAGAGUAUUUAAGGCUUAUCAAAUUUUGGCGCCGUUGCCGGGGAACCAAAAACUAUCUUCACGCGAUAAAUUGCUUGAGCUUGAUCCAGAGAUAGAGAGGACUUUUAGAGCUUUGAGGAUUCAAGAGAGAACACCAGAAAUUUCUGAAAGUAAUUUUCAAGUUUUGGAUAUUUCAAUGGCAGAGAACAAUAGAACUAUGAAGGAACUUGCUGCUCCUGAUACGGCUUACAAGUAUUCUUGCAUUACUUAUCCAGACUUGUCAGUAGAUUUCGAGCUCAUAUCGGGUUUAAUUCAUUUGCUUCCUAAGUUUCAAGGCUUAUCAGGGGAAGAUCCUAACAGACAUUUGCAUGAGUUCCAUGUGGUUUGCUCUACUAUGAAACCACAAGGCAUUUCAGAGGAGGAUAUCAAGUUGAGAGCCUUCCCAUUUUCAUUGUCAGGAUCAGCAAAGGAAUGGUUGUACUAUCUUCUAGCGGGAUUCAUUACGAGUUGGAUUGACAUGAAGAGGGCAUUUUUAGAGAAAUACUUCCCAGCUUCUAGAACCACAACUAUAAGGAAGAACAUCUGUGGUAUUCAACAAGUUGUGGGAGAGACUCUUUAUGAUUACUGGGAGAGGUUUAAGAAAUUGUGUUCAAGCUGUCCUCAACAUCAAAUUAGUGACCAGUUACUUGUUCAAUAUUUUUAUGAGGGUUUGUUACCUAUGGAUAGGAGCAUGAUUGAUGCUGCAGCUGGAGGUGCUUUGGUUAACAAGACUCCAGAACAAGCAAGGGAGCUCAUUGCAAAUAUGGCAGAAAAUUCUCAACAAUUUGGGAGUAGGGCACUUACUACUAGAGGAGUUGGUGAAGUUCAAACGGUAUCAAAUGAGCAAAAGGAGAUCAAGAGUUCAUUGUUGGAGUUGACAUCUUUAGUCAAACAAAUGGCGUUGAAUAGUGCAAGCCAAGUUUCAUCUUUUCCAGUUCAAACGAUGAGAGUUUGUGGCAUUUGUUCGAGUCAAGAGCACACUUCAGAAUUAUGUCCAAAUCUCCAUCAAGAUGAAUCAAUGGCGGCUAUAUCAAGACCACAAUUUCAGCAAAGAUAUGAUCCAAAUUCUUCCACCUACAAUCCGGGUUGGAAGGAUCAUCCAAAUUUGAAGUACGGGAAUUCCUUCUACCAACAACCACCUCAAAACCAGAAUCAUCAAAAUCAGCAAUUUCAGCAUCCUAAUCAGUUCAAACAGCAAUCAUAUGCCUCUUUCCAUCCACAAAAUCAGCAACCAAAUUUUCAGCAGCAAAUUCAAAAUUUCCAGCAACCUGCACAGAAUUUCCAGCCAACACAGAAUUUCCAGCAAUCUAUUCGGAAUUGGCAGCAACCAAAUUCUUCUUUUUCUUCUCAACCAAGGUCUUAUUCAAAUCAAAGUGGUAAUAACAAUUCAAAUGCAGCAAGUACACAGCAGCAGCAGAAGAUGGAGGAUAUUAUGCAGCAGAUUUUGCAACAGCAGCAAUUAGUUUUACAGCAGCAGCAACAUCAACAGAGGACCGAUUCUGCUUUGCAAAACAUUGAGAGACAAAUUGGCCAGUUGGCAAGCAACAUAAAUCAGAUGCAAGCCCAAGGAUCAAGUCAAUUGCCUUCACAAACAACUCCAAAUCCUAAGGGAAAUGUUAGUGCAUUGACUCUUCGAAGUGGUAAGACAACUUCAGAAUUAGUGCGGAAUGCUCCAGGUGGAUCAAAUCUGGUUUCAUCAGGUUCUAUUCCAGCUUCAACAAAUGUUGUGCAACCUCCAGAUUUUGUUCAAGAUACUGCAAACCAGUUUCAAAAUUUUCCAGCAUCUUCAGCCCAAACAGAUUCUGCAUUUCCUGGAAAUGUUGGUGUUGUUCAACCGGAUUAUGCACAGCCAAUAGUAUCAGAUUCUACUCAAUUUGAUGGCUCAGGAAAAGUAGCAACAGCAGCUCAGGAUUUGGACAGUAAUUCACAACAGCAAGGUGCCGAUAUUCACAUCCCUUUGCCUUUUCCUCAAAGAAAAGUCCAGCAAAGAAAGAAUGUAGAGGAAGAGAAAGCUAGAGAAUUUCAAGACCUUGUGAAUUUAUUCAGCAAAGUGGAGGUGAAUGUGCCUUUGUUGACAAUGAUUAAGCAAAUUCCGAAAUAUGCUAAAUUUCUCAAGGAUCUAUGUGUUCACAAAAAUAAAUUGAAGGGGAAUGAAUUGAUAAGCAUGGGGAAGAAUGUUUCAGCCCUUAUUCAGCCAGUUCCAAAAAAAUGUGAAGAUCCUGGAGUGUUCACUGUGCCUUGUGAGAUUGGAAGUUGUGUUUUUGAAGAUGCCAUGUUGGAUUUAGGAGCAUCAAUCAAUGUGAUGCCAAAAUCAGUCUUUCAGACACUUGGAAUUGGUCCUCUACAGCAGACCGGAGUUGUUAUUCAGCUAGCUGACCGUAGCCAAGCUCAUCCAGCAGGAGUGAUUGAAGAUGUGUUGGUGAAGGUGAGAGAGCUUAUUUUUCCUGCAGAUUUCUACAUUCUGGAUAUGGAGGGAGAUUUACUUGCGAAUAGAUCUCCACUCAUUCUUGGUAGGCCAUUUCUGAAGACUGCAAGAACGAAGAUUGAUGUGCACGCUGGAACACUAUCCAUGGAGUUUGCAGAUACAGUGGUUCAGUUUAGUUUAUUUGAUGCUAUGAAGCACCCGUCAGAGGACCACUCUAUUCUUAGCAUUGACAUAGCAGAUGAGUUUAUUAGCAUGGAUUUUUCUUUUGGCCUUGAGUCUCGGCUGGAUAUUUUUGAGGGUGAGGAGUGCCUAUAUGAUUCUAAGGUUUCUACUGAAGGUGAAGGUAAUGUGGGAGCAGUUGAUGUGGAGCUCGUUGGUAGUUCAAGUUCAUUGGAAGGCGAAUAUUUAAGUGUAGGGGAUUGUACAGAGGAAGCAAUACCCCAAGAAUCACAUAUUUUGAUUGAAGUGUCACCUGAAUCGGGAAAAGGUGAAUAUGUAAGUGUAGGGGAUUGCACAGAGGGAGCAAUACCCCAAGAAUCACUACAGUCAGUUAUUGAUGCACAGCAGUCAGAGUUGAAGCCCCUUCCUAAACACCUUAAGUAUGCAUUUUUGGGAGAAGGACAGCAGUUACCCGUUAUUAUAGCUCAGAAUUUAGAUCCAGAGCAAGAACAGAGAUUAUUGGGAAUUCUGAGACAGCAUAGGAAAGCUAUUGGGUGGACACUGGCUGAUAUUCCUGGUAUCAGUCCUUCGAUUUGUAUGCAUCGAAUUUAUUUAGAGGAGGAUGUGAAACCAGUGAGGCAACCACAGAGAAGACUUAACCCAUUGAUACUCGACGUUGUAAAGAAAGAGGUGACUCGACUUUUACAGGCUGGUAUUAUUUACCCGAUUUCUGACAGCAAAUGGGUAAGUCCAAUUCAUGUGGUUCCCAAGAAGUCAGGCAUUACAGUGGUAGCUAAUGAGGACAAUGAGUUGGUGCCUACCAGAAUUCAGAAUUCAUGGAGAGUUUGUAUAGACUAUAGGAAACUGAAUCAAGCAAGCAGAAAGGACCACUACCCAUUGCCUUUUAUUGAUCAGAUGUUGGAGAGAUUGGCGGGGAAGUCCCAUUAUUGUUUCCUAGAUGGAUACACAGGUUAUUUUCAGAUUUGCAUCGCUCCUGAGGAUCAAGAGAAGACCACCUUCACUUGCCCCUUUGGUACAUUCGCUUACAGACGUAUGCCUUUCGGACUUUGCAACGCACCAGGGACCUUCCAGCGAUGUAUGGUAAGCAUUUUUGGUGAGUUAUUAGAGCAUUGCAUGGAGGUUUUUAUGGAUGACUUUUCGGUUUACGGUUCAUCUUUCGAUGCAUGUUUGGAAAAUUUAUCUCGAGUUUUGAAUCGUUGCAUUGAGACAGAUCUGGUUUUAAAUUUUGAAAAAUGUCAUUUCAUGGUUGAGCAUGGCAUUGUUUUGGGACAUGUCAUUUCUAGGGAAGGUAUUAAAGUAGAUCCUGCUAAGAUUAAUGUUAUAUCUUCUUUAUCUUACCCCGCAUGCGUGCGGGAGGUUCGAGCUUUUCUUGGACAUGCAGGUUUCUAUAGGAGAUUCAUACGUGAUUUCAGUAAAAUUGCUCUUCCCUUGACUCAGCUACUGCAGAAGGAUGUGACUUUUCAUUUUGAUCAAAAGUGCAAAGAGGCUUUUAAGAAGCUGAAAGAAGCCCUUGUUACAGCACCCAUUAUGAGCCCACCAGAUUGGAGCCUUCCUUUUGAGUUGAUGUGUGAUGCUUCAAAUUAUGCAGUGGGAGCUGUACUUGCACAGAGAGUGGAUGGAGCACCACACGUUAUUUGUUAUGCUUCAAAGACUUUAGAUGCUGCACAAGCAAACUAUACCACAACAGAAAAAGAGCUUCUUUCUAUUGUGUUUGCUUUGGAUAAAUUCAGAUCAUAUUUAUUGUGUUCUCAUGUGAUUGUAUUUUCUGAUCAUGCAGCUCUGAAAUACCUCCUCAAGAAGCCCGAUGCGAAACCUAGGUUGAUCAGAUGGAUGCUUCUGCUCCAAGAAUUCGACGUGGAGAUACGCGAUAGGAGUGGAAGGGAGAACCUAGUGGCAGAUCACCUGAGCAGGAUCGAGGGAGAAAUUGACCACACGGAUAUUGCUGAUGAGUUUCCAGAUGAGCACCUCCUACAGCUACAUGGUGAGACUCCAUGGUAUGCGGAUCUGGUUAAUUUUCUAGUAGCACGUGUUUAUCCCAUACAAUUUUCAAAAGCUCAAAAAGAUAAAUUAAAAAGUGAUUCAAAAUUCUAUGUGUGGGAUGAUCCUUACUUGUGGAAGUUUUGUAGUGAUCAGAUCAUUAGGAGGUGCAUUCCUGAUUAUGAGUUUCAUUCUGUACUUACUUUUUGCCAUUCAUUAGCAUGUGGUGGGCAUUUUGGACCCCAAAGAACUGCUAGGAAAGUGUUAGAGUGUGGAUUAUAUUGGCCCACCCUGUUUCGCGAUGCAUAUGUUUUUUAUAAAUCAUGUAAUAGGUGUCAGCGAAUUGGAAACAUAGGCCCUAGGAAUGAAAUGCCCCAACAAACUAUGUUGUUUUGUGAAAUCUUUGAUGUUUGGGGAAUUGAUUUUAUGGGUCCAUUUCCUGUCUCUUAUGGAUUUUUAUACAUUUUAUUGGCAGUUGAUUAUGUUUCUAAAUGGGUGGAGGCAAUCCCCACCAGGACUGAUGAUUCUUCAGUGGUUGUUAGUUUUGUCAGGUCACACAUCUUUUGUAGGUUUGGAGUACCCAGGGCGAUCAUCAGCGAUCAAGGGUCUCACUUUUGUAACAGACACAUGAAAGCUUUGCUGAGCAAAUAUGGGGUUGUGCACAAGGUUUCUACUCCCUACCAUCCUCAGACAAAUGGGCAAGCUGAAGUGUCUAAUAAGGAAGUUAAAUCAAUUCUUGAAAAGACUGUGGGACCAGAUAGGAAGGACUGGAGCAAGAGACUUGAUGAUGCAUUGUGGGCUUAUAGAACUGCUUUCAAGACCCCUAUAGGAAUGUCUCCAUUCAGAAUUGUGUAUGGAAAAGCUUGUCAUCUACUAGUGGAGAUUGAGCAUAGGGCAUAUUGGGCAGUGAAAGCAUGUAACUUUGAUACUAGCACUACUGGAGAGGAAAGAAAAUUGCAACUUCAAGAACUUGAGGAGAUUAGACUGGAGGCCUAUGAGAAUUCACGGAUUUACAAGGAAAAGACUAAGAACUUUCAUGACAAGCACAUUGUGGUAAAAGAAUUCAAAAUUGGGGAUAAAGUGCUUUUGUACAAGUCACGCCUGAAAUUGAUUAAGGGAAGUUGUUACUGGUCAAACGUUCAAAGUGAAUGGUCACCGACUUAAGAAAUUUCAUGAGGGAGCGAAUGUGCUAGAGGUGGAAAGAUUGGACCAUAUUGACGCCAUUUACCCAACUUGAAGGGGAGUGUGUUCCAUCUUACCUUUUACUUGUCAUUUGUAGAUAUCAUUUCCUUUAUCUUGUUGCUAGAAUAACUCCUUGGUUUUAUGCUUUUGAUGAUGUUGAUUUCAGUUUUUGAAAAUAAAUCCUUCAUUGUAGAUAUCAUCUUUUUAUGCUUGGUCAUUUUCAUUUCAUUUCCGCAAAGAAGUUUUAGGUUUAGGAAUAAAUUGUAUCCCCUUUACACUUCUUGAUAUCAUGUUAGAGAUUUUAAAAGCAAGUUAAAUUUGAGUGUUAAGUUUUGGGACUUUGUUGCUUGAAUGGAUUCUAGGAUUACAUGAGGUUAAUACUUAGUGAUGGAUUCUAGAUGGAUGAAGUGAAAUGAUAACUUUUGCUUACCUAGUGAGGUUUGAGCCUAAUUCUGUGAUGCACUUGUGGUUUUGGUCACUCUAGAACUUGCUUUAAGUCUUUUAAGAGCCACUUGACUAGAGAUUGAGUCAUCUUUAUGAAGGUUAUUCAAUUUUCACAUUUCCCACAAAUUGUCUUUGCUACUUUUCUUUGCAUGAAUCAUCAUAUCUUUUAUCUAUCCUAAUGUUUUAUUUCUUUGGAUGUGGUACCUUGGGAUGUUAUGUGAUGAUUUUAUUUUGGCCGGGACGGACAAAAGAAUAAGUGUGGGGGAAGUGUUAAGUGUUGGUGUUUGAAUGGAUGUUAAAUGUGUAAUGAAGUUGCAGUUCGGAAAUGAUCUGGAAAUGGAUUCUAUAAUGAUCUUUGUAGAGUUAAGGAAGAUCACUGAAUUUGAAGUGGUAGAAUAUGCAGGAAUCUCUUUGGAAAUGCAGGAUUUUGUAUCAGAGGUAUAACAUUUAAACAAGUGAGAAGUUUACAAGUGCAGAGAAAAAAAAUUUCAGAUUGCUGAAAGUCUGCAAUUGUUUGUUAUUUGAUCAAGUGAACUAGUAUUGUAGUGUCAUUUGGUGAGUUUCACUUCAUUCAAGAAGCAUUCUAAUUUUGAAUUGAAAUUUCGGAAAGGAAAGAUAAAAUUGGGUAAAUUCUGAAUUCGGAAUGUGGAAUUGCUGGAAGAAGUUUGUGCCAAAUGAGAAUCUGUGAACUUCAUCAGUGAGCUAUUGUGUAGGCAAAGAAGACUCACAAAAUGACAAGAAUACAUAUAGAGAUUCCUUAAUGGAUAAAUUUAGCAGUGCUGGAAUAUGCAGAGCAGAAUCAAUUCUGUUUUGUGCAAAUCUGAUGUGCUGAUUCUGAACAGCAGGAAUUGGAAUUCAAUUCUGCAUUGAUUUGAUUUUGGAACCUCAUUCAGAAACGGCUUGAAGAAUAGGUGCAGAUCAUGAAUUUUUAGUCCUACAGAAAUGUAAUGUCAAAGCUUGAAGUGAGGAAGCAGUAACAUCAGAUCUGGAAAUCAAGUGUACCAAUCUGAAAUUCAAAAUUCAGGAGGUCUGAAAAUUCAGAAAAAUGUGCAGUUCUGGAAAUGGGGGAGAACUGUCAAUUGCACUUAAAAUGCAAUACUUUAACAUUGAACAGCAAGUGAAGAGGAAAUGAAAUGGGCUAAGUAAGAUAGAAGCUUAUGCAGAAUGCAGUAUUGCAGAAAUUUCAGGAGAUAGAAAUUGCAACUCAAUGAAGCUGUUCCAAAUUUUUGAAUUGAUAUGUCUGAAGUUGUAUCAUAUGGAAAUCAAGUGAUCAUUAGGUGAUUGUUAAAUGAAACAAUCUAGAGGGAUAUUAGAUUAAAGCUUGAUCAGAAAUACAAAGUCAGAACAGAUGAUGAGCUGAUGGAAACUGGGAUUGUGAAGUUAAGCUGCCUAA